GAUUUGGAACAAGAAACUGAAGAGGAAAUAGAAAACCCAGCCUCUGACACCUGAGUUCAACACCUUCAGAAGAUCACAUGGAAAAUAGGAACAAUGUGACUGAGUUUGUCCUCCUGGGGCUCACACAGAGCCCUGAGGGGCAAAAAGUUCUAUUUGUCACAUUCUUACUCAUCUACAUUGUGACGAUAAUGGGCAAUCUGCUCAUCAUGGUGACCAUCUUGGCCAGCCGGUCACUGGGUGCCCCAAUGUACUUUUUUCUGGCUUACUUAUCAUUUAUUGAUACUGUUUAUUCUACUGCCAUUGCUCCCAAAAUUAUUGUAGACUUGCUUUAUAAGAAAAAGACCAUUUUCUUCCAGGCUUGCAUGACUCAAGUCUUCGUAGAUCAUUUAUUUGCUGGUGCUGAAGUCCUUCUUCUGGUGGUGAUGGCCUAUGACCGAUAUGUAGCCAUCUGUAAACCUCUUCAUUAUUUGAUCAUCAUGAAUAGGCGGGUAUGUGUUGUCAUGCUGCUGGUGACCUGGUCUGGAGGCCUUCUGCACUCAUUGGUUCAAUAUCUCUUUAUUUAUCAGCUCCCUUUCUGUGGCCCCAAUGUCAUUGACAAUUUCGUGUGUGAUAUGUACCCCUUAUUGAAACUUGCUUGCACCAAUACCUACCUCAUUGGGCUCUCUAUGAUAGCUAAUGGAGGGGCAACUUGCACUGUCAUCUUCUUCAUUCUCCUAGUUUCCUAUGGGGUCAUAUUAUACUCCCUUAAGAGUCAUGGUUUGGAAAGGAAACGCAAAGCUUUCUAUACCUGUGCAUCCCAUAUGACUGUGGUCUUUUUAUUCUUUGUUCCCUGUAUCUUCCUGUAUGCAAGGCUCAAUUCUACUUUUCCCAUUGAUAAAUCCAUGACUGUGGUUUUAACUUUCAUAACUCCCAUGUUGAACCCCUUAAUCUACACCAUGAGAAAUGCAGAAAUGAAAAAUGCCAUGAGAAAACUGUGGAGCAAAAAUGUGACUUUAGUUGGAAGAGGGCUGUAUCCCUCAUGCAGAACAUAA